UCUCUGCGAUAAAUAUUUUUAUAAAAUUGAUCUUGCAAACCUCCAUUGAACGUUAAUUUAUUGGUCAACAAAAAUGCCUCGAGUCAAAGGAGACAAAAAAGCCCCUCGUAUUGACGAUGUCGUCACGCGCGAGUACACAGUUAACCUCCACAAAAGGUUACAUGGUGUGGGUUUCAAAAAGCGUGCACCCCGUGCUAUCAAAGAAGUCCGGAAGUUUGCCGAGAAACAAAUGGGUACUCCCGAUGUUAGGAUUGACACUCGCCUCAACAAGCAGCUUUGGUCAAAGGGUAUCAGAAAUGUUCCAUUCCGUAUCCGAGUGCGUUUAAGCAGGAGAAGGAAUGAUGAUGAAGAUUCCCAACAUAAACUCUACACUCUAGUGACAUACAUACCAGUUGCCACUUUUAAAGGAUUGCAAACAGAAAAUGUGGAUGCCAGUCAAGAUUAGUUAUUUAAAAAAAGUAUAAUAAAUAUUUUUGACUAGUA